UGCCGAGGCAGCUUUCAUCACUUGGACUGGUCGUGCAGCCGUGUGCAGGUUGAGUCUGCCCUCCUAUGGUACUGAUCCCUGCUUGUGAACUGGCGAUGACUCCUGCAGGUCUGGACGGCGUGCUGGAGGACCUUGUCUCCCUGUCCCCAAAUGCCACUGCAGUGGCAUCACCGGGCAUCUCUGUGGCAAUCAGAACCCUGCUGCUGCUCAUCUGUCUGCUGCUGGUCGCCUUGAGCCACACAGACAAGAAAACUGUACCAGGUCCUUCUUUCUGUCUGGGUUUGGGGCCACUUCUGUCAUAUGUGAGAUUCCUCUGGACUGGCAUAGGCACAGCCAGCAACUAUUACAACAACAAGUAUGGAGACAUUGUCAGAGUCUGGAUCAAUGGAGAGGAGACCCUCAUAAUCAGCAGGGCAUCAGCGGUGUACCACGUACUGAAGAAUGGAAAUUAUACUUCGCGUUUUGGGAGCAAGCAGGGGCUCAGCUGCAUCGGCAUGAAUGGGAGAGGCAUCAUAUUUAACAACGAUUUAACUCUGUGGAAAAAGACACGCACCUAUUUCACCAAAGCUCUGACGGGUCCGAGUUUGCAGAAGACAGCGGAGGUUUGCAUCUCUGCCACACAGACUCACCUGGAUGACAUGGACCGUCUGGGUCAUAUGGAUGUCCUCAGUUUGCUGCGCUGCACCGUGGUCGACAUUUCCAAUAGACUUUUCCUGGGUGUACCUAUCAAUGAGGAAGAGCUGCUAAAGAAGAUUCACAAGUAUUUUGACACGUGGCAGAGUGUCCUGAUCAAACCAGACAUCUACUUCAAGUUUGACUGGAUUCACCGGAGGCACAAGACAGCAGCCCGGGAGCUACAAGAUGCCAUCGAGAGCCUUGUAGCACAGAAGAGGAGAGAUGUGGAGCAGGCAGAUAAACUGGACUCCAUCAACUUCACUACAGAGCUCAUAUUUGCACAGAACCACGGCGAGCUGUCUGCUGAGAAUGUGACGCAGUGUGUGUUGGAGAUGGUGAUCGCAGCGCCAGACACUAUGUCCAUCAGUCUCUUCUUCAUGCUGCUGCUCCUAAAACAGAAUCCAGAUGUGGAGCUGCAGCUGCUGCGGGAGAUAGACACUGUUGUAGGUGAGAGACAGCUUCAGAACGGGGACUUCCAGAAGCUGCAAGUGCUGGAGACUUUCAUCAACGAAAGUCUGCGCUUCCACCCAGUGGUGGACUUCACCAUGCGUCGAGCCCUUUCUGAUGACAUCAUAGAUGGCUACAGGGUACCAAAGGGCACAAAUAUCAUUCUCAACACUGGCCGCAUGCACCGGACAGAGUUUUUCUGCAAACCAAAUGAAUUCAGUUUGGAAAACUUUGAAGAAAAUACCCCUCGCCGUUACUUCCAGCCAUUUGGUUCAGGCCCUCGAUCCUGCGUCGGCAAGCACAUCGCCAUGGUGAUGAUGAAAUCCAUCCUGGUGACGUUGCUCUCCCAGUACUCUGUUUGCCUCCAUGAGGGCUUGACCCUGGACUGCCUCAAACAGACCAACAACCUCUCCAAGCAGCCAAUAGAGCAUCAGCAGGAGGCCGAACAUCUCAGCUUGAGUUUCCGAAUCAGAAAGAGAGGUAGCUGGCAAACACUCUAAGAUAUAUAUAUAUAUAUAUAUA